AUGGGCGAUGGGCUGUUUGAUAUCCCACGAUACGAGCCAGAGCGAAUUGAGAAGCUUCCAGAAAAGAAAUCGAGGAAUUCAUUUUUAGAAAAGGCAAAAGAGCGAGCUGCGAAAAGAAGGCUUCAAGAACCACUUCCUGAAAAAGAGCCAGAAAAGCGCAAGACGAAAGCAGAGCCAGUAAAUGAUAUCAAGACAGAAGUUGAGAAUCUAAGCAUCAACCGAGAUGAAGAAGAUAUCAAAACUGAAAUCAUAGAAGAGAACCACGAGCCUGAAGAGCCCGAAGACUUCAAAAUCUUCGACAACAUCCAAGCGCAAAAGAAAAAGCGCCUGGCAGCGAGUUUCCCGCGUUGGUGCGAAAAUCCCGAGGUCAUUGACGGCGACUUUACAAAUCUGCCGCCGCUAGAAGAGCUGCACGAGUUUCUUGAUGAGACGAUUUACAAGAACUUGGAGGCGAUGAAUUUUACGACGGUGUUUCCUGUUCAAAGGGCGAUUAUUCCGGAGCUGUUGAAAAGAGGGCCUCCGAGGGAUUUAGCUGUUCAAGCUCCCACUGGUUCUGGAAAAACGAUAACAUUUCUCGUCCCAAUUGUUCAAAAGCUCAUGCAACGCGCUAUCCCUGCCAUCCGCGCUCUCAUCGUCCUGCCCACCCGAGAAUUGGCAAAACAAGUCUACGACGUAAUGCUAGAACUCAUCAAAGACACUAAGCUGACUGGCAUGAUUAUCGGUGGAGCAACAUCGUUGGAGCAAGAAUGUAACAAAUUAAUUCAAACCAUCGGCGGAAAGAAAUAUGCGACGUGUGACAUCAUCAUUGCAACUCCCGGCCGACUUAUGGACCACUUAGAUAGCGGAAUGGAUCUCACACGAUUGCGAUAUCUUGUGGUAGACGAAGCGGAUCGAAUGAGAGGCGCUUGGCUGGAAAAACUGGAGCAGAAAACUAAUAGAGCGCUCGUUCAGAAACUUCUUUUCAGUGCUACCCUAGCCAGUGAUCCGCAAUUUCUUUCAUCGCUAAAGCUUCGUUUUCCAAAGCUCUACACAUCGGGUUGGACACAGCCAGCGGGACUUACCGAAGAAAUGAUUCGCUACGGGCGACUGGACGAAAAACCGCGCAUUAUUAGAUCACUGAUCAAGGAGGACACUCGCGCUCUCAUUUUCGUCAAUUCGAACGAGUCCGCUGUGGCAUUGGAUAAACUGUUGAAAAAGAGUGGCAUGCGGUCAGAGUCAAUAGCCGGAGCGCUCGAAAAUUGGCAACGAACAAAUGCAAUUAAGAAGUUCAAAAAGGGAAAGAUUUCAGCUAUAAUCUGCACAGACGUCGUCGCAAGAGGGCUCGAUUUAGACUGCUGCAAUACAGUUAUUAACUACGAUGUGGCCUUAUCUGCAGCUACUCAUGUUCACAGAUCAGGCAGAACAGCUCGGGCAGGCAGUGCGGGAGUGUGUAUCACUCUUUGCCAGUUGAAGCACAAACCUUAUUUCUUCAUGAUGAAAGAACUGGGAAGGACGUUUAUUCAGCGAUCGUCAAAAUUAGAAUUAAAAGAAGAACCGAUGGAAGAAUAA